AUUCGUUUAAAUCUGGGCGCGCGUUUCUUCAUAUCAUAAUGUUCUGCUGUUGGCAAACUUCCUGAAUUCCCUCUCGACCGCGAGCGCCAGUUCCCCUGGGACCACCAUUACAGUCCAUACCGUAAAGACUAUGCGAGAUUAUCAUAUAAUCUGUAUACUAAGCAUUUGGCGCGGCACCGUGGCAUGAGUCGGAAUGUGGUUUUUUCCCCGUUGUGCGCUGAGAUUGCUCUGCUCAUGCUGCACGCCGUGGCCGACGACGAGGGAAAACAAGAGGUUGCGAAAAUAUUGGGCGUGGAUCCAUUGCCACUCAUGGAACGACUGCGUUCGGACUUAUCCGACCUGAAGAUAAAGGAAGACGAGAACUGCUAUCCUGGUGAUCCUGAAGGAAAGGAAGAAAACUACCGUCUGUAUUUGGCAAAUUCGCUUUUGCUGCCGGAGGGUGUUCUUGUGGACCAACGCUUUGUAGCAGCCUUUAAUCAAAUACAAAUCAACACGGAUAUUUUGCCGCUACAGCUGACGGGCGAUUUACAGAGUGUAAAAGCGUUUUUGCGCGACCGCACACUGGGACAUGUAUGCGACGUACAGUUGCCCCCUGGUCCACCGCGAAAUGCAACAUUCAUCAGCACGCUCCACUUUCGCGCGAACUGGUAUCGUCCCUACUUCCGUGAACACAAAACGUUUAAGAUGGAGUUUGUCACAGGCGAGGGUCGCCGCGUGGAGGUCGACACGAUGCACGGAAUACUCAAGGUUCCCUGCUGGGUUCCCGAGGGGAUGGGCGGAGCCAAGUUCCUAGAAGUACCAUUUGAAGACCAUCACUGGAGUGCGAUGUUCAUAAUGCCGGGCGCCGCGCGGAAGACAUGGCUUGGCGAGACGAAACCGCAGACCAUGAGUGAACUGAUUGAUAUUUUAACACCGGCAAGACUGACAGCGGCCAUUCAUCAACUGCGCCUUUACAAAGUCAACGAACUGACGGUGCAGAUACCAAAAUUUAAAGUGGAGCGGGACGUGGAAUUGCAUGAUAUUCUCUGGGAAAUGGGGUUGCGGACGCCCCUGAUUUUCGGCACCGACCAUCCUGGUUUGCGCAAAGCAGAUAUUACCCAGCACUCGUGGACGAGCGCGGAGUCGGCAAUGCACUGCCCGUCAAGCCUAACCGAGUGAUCUUGGAAACCAUGGAACUUUGCUGGCCUACCCACGGUGAGUUUAUUGCUAACCGGCCAUUCAUCUUCCUGGUUUAUCACCGCCUCAGCUGCCAUAUCGCCUA